CUGCUUUUCCUUCGAGCGGCUUCGGUGCUCGAUUGGCUUCUCCCGUUGUUCCGGCCCUACUACUUCGCCCAUGGUAGCUGCGGUCCGUCCUCACACGGAGUCCCGAACCAAGCGGCAACGACGGAAUUCCUUGCGGCCGGCGUCCUCCGCUCCCCCAACCAGAAGCAAAUAUGAGCCAUCGACUAGGUGCCGAGUUGGGCUCCUCAGCUCAGACCAAAGCAGAGUCAGACUAUACGUCUGGUUCCGCCACCGGUGACUUUGUUGGCAAAUCGCCGGUGGCUCCAAACGGCUUGACUCCGAACAGCCAGAUCCGCUUCCGAUCACCUAGUCCGUCACCACUCUCACCGCAACCCUCCAAAUACCAGCAUCGCCGCAGUCUUUCCUACUCUGAUCCCGGUGACUCAUCUCCCCCAAGCUACAAUGAAGCACCUGUAGUCGAGUCGAAAUGGCGUGCCUUUGUACAGAGCAAUUGGCCUGCGAUCCUCGUCGCCGUGUCCCAGUUCUUCAGCGCGACUCAGAACCUCUUUGCUCGCCUGCUUGAGCUAGACGGUGGCGGUAUGCAUCCAGUACAAAGUCUACUAUUUCGACAUAGUAUCACAGCGCUCUGUUGUUCGACGUACAUGUUCUUCAAUAAGACGGAAGACUUUCCUUGGGGUAAAAAGGAAAUCAGAUUCCUACUCUUCCUGCGAGGUGUAUGCGGCUUCUUUGGUGUCUUUGGCCUCUGGUAUGCCAUGAUGUAUAUCCCCCUUGCAGAUGCGACAGUCAUUACGUUUUUGGCUCCUGGAAUCGCAGGUUUCAUGUGCUAUAUCAUCAUGAAGGAACCAUUCACCAGAGUCGAACAAAUCGGUACACUCGUUGCCAUUGUUGGAGUGGUACUCAUUGCACAGCCUCCGUCAUUAUUUGGAGACCAAGAAACCCAGCAUAUUCCUGAGCAUGCUGGUGAGGGCAAGGGAUCUGGUGGUCUGCCGAGUCAAGACCACAAUACCACUCCAGCAGAGCGUCUCAUGGCUGUUGGCUUUGCUCUUCUUAGUGUCUUCGGCUCUGCAGCCGCGUUUACUACUCUUCGUGUAAUUGGCAAGCGAGCACAUCCUCUCAUUUCCGUCAAUAUAUUCGGCAUGUACAGCACCCUCAUAUGUUCGUCUAUUUUGACUUUUGCACCAAUCUUGAACAUUGAACAGCCCGCAUUGCACUUCAAGCUCCCGGAGUCGGUUAAGCAAUGGCUGUUGCUUGUUGCAUUGGGAAUAAUAGGCUUUGUUAUGCAGUAUUGCUUGACAUCUGGUUUGGGUAGUGACAAAUCCAACAAGGCCAACGCUAUGAUCUAUACCCAUAUGAUCUUUGCGGCCAUAUACGACAGAUACAUCUUCAACCACGUCAUGGGUCUUUUGAGUUUUUUGGGUUGUGUCUUGAUUUUAGGGAGUGCCAUAUGCGCCGUGGUCUUGAAAAAGCCCCCUGGUGCGGCACAACGUAAAGUUGAAGAUACAGAGUUGCAAGAUAGAGCUGGGGGGGAAGGACAACGCGCCGCGUUGAUGGAUGACAUGGAUGGCGUCGAAGAUUCGAGACGAUGAACAUAAUCCUUAUGGUGGUACAUAUUAUAUAUAACGAAUUUAAUGACAAAAAUUACCUCUUUGUU